GUGCUUCGUGAUCGACUUCUACAUCUACGCGCCCGAGGAACCGGAGCGGGUGAGCCGGUCCAGCUUCGACAUCGACAACUACGCGCGGGGCGAGAAGAGACGGUACUACGGCGACGGGACGGGGGCUUUGCUGGAAGAAUAUCCGGUCCGGGACGAAAGGGGAAACACCAUCACGCCGUUUGUCCUGAC